AUGAUAGUCUGGGUUCAGCUCCCUGCUUUUCCGGUUCAUUAUUAUCACCGGGAAGUCCUUUUCUCGCUGGGAAAUAUGAUUGGUCGCACGAUUAAGCUGGAUUACCACACGCUUCAUCAACAGAGAGCCAGAUUUGCGAGAAUUGCUGUGGAAAUCGACCUCUCUAAGCCUUUAGUUACGCGUAUUCGCCUAGACGGCCAAUGGCAAUAUCUUGAGUACGAGAACCUGCCGGAAGUGUGCUUUGAAUGUGGAAAGAUCGGCCACUCAGAGAGCUCUUGCCCGAAAUUGAUGGCUCCCUCACCGCCGCUAGCUAUGGUGGAAUUCGGAAGCACGCCGGAGAUGGCUCCGGCGACCCAACCGGAGGAGAAAGUCGGAUACGGGCCCUGGAUGCAAGUCUCGCGCAGAUCGCGGCGCGGAAAUCGCAAUACAGAAAAAGGAAACUCAGAGACGAUGAAUGGGGCAAGCGCCAAUCAAGGGAAAGCAGAGAAAGGAAAGGGCGAUAACAAAGAGAUUCUUACUGGCAAUCUCACGGCGCAAGGGAGACGUGUCGGCAUCAACCAACGGGCAGCUAGCUCGAGUGGUGGUGUUAUUGGGAGAGACAGAAGUGGUUCCGGGAAAGGAAAGGGCAAGGAGAUUCUAGAGGCAGAAACUGAGGCCGCAGCGGGCAAAGGAGUCUUGGGCCCCGGCCCACAGAGCACGAGCAACAAGAAUAACCCAUCUGCUUUUAAGGCCCGGGCCCAAAGCAAAGAUCAGGCGGGUAGCGGACAGAUUCUUAUGAACAAAGGGGCCGAUAUCGCCUUAAGGGCCGGGCCGGUUUUGGCUUCGCUCUCCCCCCCUUCAUUGACAGACAUCGCAGGGCCCAGCGGGACUUCUAUCCAGAUUGUAAACUUUCCUACGGUCAAGGAGGACGAAAAUCGGAAUGCUGAGGCUUUGCCAACAUCUGCUGGUCAGCGAACAAAGAAAGCUAAAAAGAAGCUGAAAUCGCCAAAGAAAUCCCCGCUCCCGGUCACACCGAAGGCGCUUCAGAUAUGGACUCCUGUCAAAGGGAAGAAGAAUAAGGCGAGAACCAAGCUCGCUGCCCUCACUUUACAGGAGAUUGAUGCCUGGACGGGAGCUGCGAAAGCCAACGCUAGCUCCGAUAUGCAUUUCCGAGCGGCGGCUGAGCCCGAGGUGCGGCUGGGAGAUGGCGACGUAGACCCGGACCCCUUGAAGGCCAACUCCUGA